ACACCAUCGAAGCGGAUGCGUAUCAUGCACGCAAAUCUUGCAUCUACCGAGUCCGGCAGCUUUCUGGUUGGCCAUGCGCGCGUGACGGCUCAAAACGUGCUCGCACCACCCACAAUCCAGUACCGGCCUGUUCUUUCGGAGCCGCGAUGGGAGAUGGCUCGUGCGAUGGCGAAUCGGGCGGAUCAGACCAUCAGCAGCUUGAAUUUGCGGGUCGAGGAGCUCAGGACGGAACUUCUGCAUGCAAAUCAGUAUGUGCAAGCACUACAUGGGAUGAUUGAGGGUGCGAAUGCCCAACUGGUGGUGAGCAGCAUGCACACCAUGAAACUGAACCAGUCACUGCAAUCUCAGGACGAGGCCAAAAAAGCGGCAAAGAAGAAUAAGUUCUUGGUCGGAGGAAUGGCAAGGCAUUACACUAAUGAGAGUUUCAUUGCCGAAGAGGAGAGGUUGGCAGCGGAGGCGAAGGAAAGGGAGGCACAGAAAGAGCAGAGAGAGGAGGCAAGAAAGUCCAAGAGGGAUGCAAAGGAGGCUUUCGAAGAAUGGUGGAGGCAGGCCAAGGAGAAGCACGAGAGAGACAGGGCAGAAUAUGAGGAGUUGAAGAAGAAACUGCGGAGCGAAGGGGUCAAGCAGAAGGACAUACCGAAAGCACCCCAGAGACCCAAGAGAGCCGACUACCAGAGGGAACAGGAGGACCCAGAGGACUCA